GAAGUUUACAGCGAUCGAAUGCAGCAGUACCCGGUACGGGUAUAGCUGUGCCUCAAGCACGGCAAAUAAAAUGGGCGACCGCUGAAAGAGCAAGGCGCAGAUCAGAGUUUUUUUCUCCAUCGCAGCACCAGAGAGCCAAGCCGGGACUGCUGACUCCGCACACGUAGCGUACGCAGAGACCGUUUUCCGACGUUCGCCCAGUUUAAUAAAAGAUUUUGUGUUUUAAGUGAAGCCCCUGUGCUUUGUGACAGUGAAAUACCAGUGCACGAAACCGUUCGUCCACCGAAACGAAUCGAUAUUUGCUGUAUUUGUUCGCCGAACCAAUUUUGAUCCAAAGUGAAAAAUGGCUGAUAACCCAUCCAGAAUGAAGGCUGACAACAAAAAGAAAUUGAAUGUUGGCAAUCUGCCAGCCGACAUCACCGAGGAGGAACUGCGGGAGCUUUUUGCGGACCAUCCGGUUGAAAGUGUGGAAAUUUUCCACUACAAACAGUACACCUUGGCAUUGUUGCUCUUCAAAGAUAAGGAGACGGCAACGAAGGCUCUCAAGGAGAAAGAAAAUUCUGUCUUCCGCGGACGUCGGCUGCGUAUGCACCUUGAGUUCAUCGUCAUUUGUCACAUGAAGAAGGAUGUCUUCGUGCAUGUUGUUGACAAUGAGAAUGUAACGGAGGAGGACGUGUAUGAGAAGUUUAAAGAUCUGGCCAAGGUCCAGUCGGUGGUUUUGUUCCAUCCGCUUGCCUACGUGACUUGCACCAGUCCGGAGGACAAGGAGGAAGCGAUGAAGAAGAUCGUGGAGGCGGGCAUAAACGUGUACGAUUGUAACGGGCACGAUCAGAACCAGCACAUUGACGUGCUGCGCGCUGCCAAGCUGUUCUUCCGCAAUUUGAACCGUGUCCAGAUGUACAACAUUCCCGAGUCCUGGAUCAGCUCCCAAGACGAGCUGAAAAAGGCCGUCGAAAGCUCCGGCACCGUGACCGAGGUGCGCGUCACGACCGGCAACUUUGGGCCGGCCGCGCAAGUUUUCUACGAGACGGCCGACGAGGCGAAGGCCGCGGCCGAGAAGUUGAACCAGCAGCUCUUCGAGGGCAAGCGGGUCCACGCGCAUCACGUUAUUGCCACCAUGAUACCGAACUUCAAGACAAGCGUGUACGUGGAAAAUUUGGACAAAACGAUCACGGAGGAGAUGCUGUACGCACACUUUGAGCAGUACGGCGAGAUUGACUUCGUUAACCGGCGUAAGUUCGGCGACGAGCACGGUAUGGUGUGCUUCAAGGAGGCCAGCUCGGUUGACCGUGCACUCGAGUGCACCACCCUGCCGGUAACGAAGAAGGAAGGGGAAGAGACUACCACGGAGGACAAGACCAUCGUUGUCAAGCGUUACGAUGGUCCGUUGGUUCUGGACAUUAAGCUACCGGCAAUGAAGAAGGGUGCCUCCAGCGAGGAAGGCGAGGAGCAGAAGCAACGUCCGCCACCGCAGCCACUGGCCAAGCUAUGGCCGAUCUACGUCGCCAACCUGCCGUACAAGGCGGACAAGCGCGAAAUCAAACAGUAUUUCUCCAGCUAUGGUGGACACAUUAAGUUUAUCUUCUCGCCGAACAUUCCGUCGUACAAGCAGAGCCAAACGUCCAUGGUGAUGGCCGCGCUCAUCUACUUCGCACGCCGCGAGCAGGCCAACGAAGCGAUCAAAGCAUUCAACGGCAAACACUUCCAGAGCAAGUGUUUGCACGUGUUCCCGGGCCGCAAGGACACCUACUUCGACGUGGAAAAGUCGAUCAAGGUGGUGCGGCUAAAUCUGGCCGUGACUGAGGAGAAGCUGUUCGAGAAGUUCCGCAAGUUCGGCUUCAUCGAGUGUGUGGUGAAGAAGGACCGCACCACGGCGUAUAUUGAGUUCCGCGAUAAGGAAAUCGCCGAGAAGGUGCUGAAGCUGGACGAGAAGCAACGGCCGGUGCGAUGCAACGUCGAGGCAGUGACGGGCAAGAUCAACAAAAAGAUCUUCAAAGAGAACGACGAAAAGAUUUCACUCGCUAUGCAGGAAAUCAUUGACAAAAACCCGGCCGUGCUGGAGAACGUUUCGUCGGAUCGUUCUAGCGGUCCGCCACCGUUGAAGCGCAGCCGAUUCAGCGGCCCAGCCAACUUCGGCAUGCAGGGACCGCGCAACCAGUUCAACCCGAACAAUGGUGGUGACUUCAGCAAUCCGCAGGUCAUCCAGGAUUUGCUCCGGUUGGCCUUCAUCUCCGGCAAAAAUCUCGGCGAGGGUCUCGCUAUCAGCGGAAACAGCAACCCGUUCAACAGUGGCGAUCCGCCACUACCCAACCUAAACCUUACCAAUGGCUUCGGCGGUGGCAAUCAGCGCAACAGCUUCAACAACUCCAACAAUGGCAACUUUGGCGGUAGCUCGAACAACGCCAGCGGUAACAUGGGCGGCGGCAACCGAAACAACAUGGGAGGUGGCGGCGUUAAUCGUAACUUCGGCCAGAAUGUGGGCGGAGGCGGCGGCGCCAUGGGCAGCGGUGGCUAUGGGCGCGUCAAUAUGGGUGGCGGCUUCGGCGGCAAGCGCUUCAACGGUGGCUCCCAGCAAACGAACCGCAUGGGACAGAACAAUCGCCAGGGCGGUGGAAACCAGAACCGACGCUUCUAAGCCAUCCACACACAUCCAGCAAACUAUAGCAGGUAGUGGUAGCAGUGAACGUCGAUCCACUCACACUUACACAAACAAACACAUACACACAUACACACACACACACACACUCACCCUACUAUCCCAAUCUAUUAUCCCAUAUUGACUUAAGAGGAGACACCAGCCGACUAUUGCUGCUACAUCACUACCCCAAUUCGGUAGGUUAAGGAGCUGCUAAACUGCGCCACUUGGAGUCUCAUAUGUUGGCCAAAUGCGUCAGGCUCUGUUUUUUUAUCUUCCACCACCAAAUGUAUGACGACAUUUCAUCUUUCGGUAGUAGCAUGGAUGGACACUCUGCGCAAUCAAAUUGUUUUUUCAGACGAAGGCGAUGAUCAUACAUUUCAUCGCCUACUGCGAUUUUAUGUACGUGUGUGUGUGUGUGUAUGUGCGUGUAUGUGUAGCAUAGAUCGUUUGAGCGUAACCAUAUAUCGAUCCACGUUUGGCAGGUAGCUGCGUAGAAAAACGUUUUACCACACAAAUCGUGGUAUUUUUGAAACUACAAAAAUGACUAUUGGAGAAGAGAAAAGAACCACUUCUUUCGCGUAUGUUUGAUUCUCGGACACACAUUUUAAGUAAUUUGUUUCUCCUUACUAUAUUUUUCGCGAAAGAUAUAUUUUCGUACAUGUGUAGCGAAAGAGGCAGUUUUGAUGCAAUUAUUUUUAUUUAAUUACCCAUCCACAUUCGAUGGAAAUUGUGUAAACAUAAACUAAUUUUCGUGUAUUUUAAACAUGUCUCGGACAUUUUGUGAAGUGGAGCGCUUCCAGCCAGACCUGUUCAUUGUAGUUUUCCGUACGCAAUCCGACAGAUAGGAUUAAAUUAUCUUCAGGGAACAGGCUCCCAAUGGGCAUAUGGUGUUGUUCCAUAGCCGAUUUUUUUUUAAACAAAAGCAACAUAAGAUAGAGCGAGCAAAUAAAUUUUUCUUGUGCGCGUGUAUGCUA